AAUUUGCACAAUGCAGAGUUAAUUUUGCGCAAUUCCUGCAUUAUUUCAACAUUCCCGUAAAUAAAUGCGAAUAUACGUAUACGGUGAUAUUUAUGUAAUGCUAAAUCUUAAAUGCACGAGUCACUCGAAUUCACAUAUUUUCUUUUGUAUAGAUGACAAUAGAACAAUAACAGGUCGGUAUAUAUUUGCAGACCUGUUCAGCGGUCAGUUUGUGAUUUACUAGACUGCUUUUAACAAAGGAGCGCUUUUAACAAAGGAGCCGUAAAUAAAGGGAAACCAAUUUGAAACAAUGGCCGCCGGUCAGACACAUUCAACAGGUGAUGCCUGUGAACUUCUUAGUCCUCCAGAAGAUUGGAAAUUUGUUCAUCUGUUGGAAGAAUUUUCGCAAAAGCUGAGUGAUAAUGAUUUGCCUAGAAUAAAGUUGAUCUUCCAGGGUAUUGUUACCGCAGACGUUACAUCUUGGAUUGAAAUGUUCCAAAUGCUUUACAGCAAAGAUGUUAUAAAUCAGAAUAAUAUCGUAUAUCUACAAAAAAUUGCCCGUCAUUUAGAAAGAGAAGACCUACAUUUAAGGACAAUAACAUAUGCAAAGGAGAGAGAGAAUGAUAUUUUACAUUUUCAUCAAAGUACAAUGACGCAAGGAUCAAAUGUUGAAAAGGUCUCCAUUCAUAUUAGGGGUGACAAUUUUUUGAGAAAUCGUGAUCUUCAGAAUGUACGGGAGAAGUUUGCAAAUAUUUUAAUGGUGGGCAUUAAUUGCAUUAAAGUAGCAGGUGUUCAAGAAGCAAACAGCGUUCUCAUUACAUUCAUUAUUCCAAAGAUGUAUGUCAAAGUAUUAAGAGGUAUCUUAUUGAGCAAUGAAGCAAAUAGAUUUACAGCACCCUUUUCCAGACAAGGAAUAGAUCAGAUCAACAUAAAUGGAGAAACAUAUUUGAUAAAUGAAAUUGAAGAUCAAGAAAAUCUAAUAAGUGACCAUACAGACAACCGUGAUGGAGACUGUCUCAAGAUUAUCUCAGAAUUGCAGGAUCAGCUUGCCCAGAGACACAAACAAAUAACGAAAAUGGAAGAAAAAAUUCUGGCUCUAAGUCGCAGUCUAGCCGACAGUACCAAUAUUGGGUCACAAUAUUCAGACGGCAAAGAUACGAAAAAGAAGAAUCAAGAUACAGAUGGAAAUAGUAAUGUUUAUCAAAAACCAGCUUUCGAUGCGGAAUCGGGUACGGUCAUAGAUGAAGAUGAAAAGAAGCAAACGAAGCAGUUCAAAACGGACGUUGAAAAUACCGAGAGUAAAGUCGAAUCUGGGUUUUCGCCAGAGAGUAAUUCAUUCUUAGGUAAACACAAAUUACCAGAAAGUGAUCAGCAUAUUUUACUGAAUGAUUACCAAGAAAAAUUGAACGUAAAGCUCGUUCAUCUUAGUAAUAUGAGUACUACCUUCAGAAAAUUAGUAUCAAGAUUACCAAAUGACAAUACUCAGAAAAUAAAAGCAAUGACACCAGAAGAAAUCAAUGCACAGUCGCUAUAUAAAAAGCUUGAUAGAAUAUACCCAACAUUUCUGCCCUUAAAACUUUCUAAAAAGGUUAGAGUUUCAACGUUAUCGUAAGAUCGUAGAAUCAAUUCAUAAAGAAAGUUUAAUUAAGCCGAAGUACAUUUAUUAAAUCUUCUCGAAUGUAGAUGAAGGAGUAUCUCGAAACAUGUUUGCAAAUUCUAAGGAUCGCAUAAAUUUCCAGAUUUUCAACGGGCGUUAUGUUUCUACAUUCAAUGUUGUUACCAUUUUUGCUAAAAACUUGAAUAUUUUUAGCCAUUUAUUGUCUGAAUGAUGUAAAUUCCGGAAUAAUGUCAACUAUCAAUAAUCAAACUGUUGGUGGAAUAAAUAAAAAAGACGUGAAAUGAUGAAUCAACCAAAAGUACAUCUUAGAUUAAGAAUAUUUAUCCAUGCGCUGCGCCGGGUGCGUGUUAAUAUGGUUAUGUCAUAUCACAUCACAGGGACCACGCGUUUAAAACAUUAUCGUUUAAAAGCCAUCCAAUGUAUCAACUUGAAGUACUGUUUUAAUAGUCAGAGUCGAGUAACAACAGGCGAACGUGCAAAGGUAACUUAAAUGACUAAAAUUGGACUGUCAUGUCAAGUACUGAACGUAACAAUAAAGAAUCCAAAGGGAAAAUAAUCUGUCUGUAAUUGACAUCUGUUUUUGUUUCCAUUACAUUCGAUGAUAUCUCCUUUUACUAAAAAGGUUAGAAAAUAAAAAAACAAGUACAUAUAAACAUUCACAUACAUCUGCUUCAUGGCAAAUUUCAGAUUUCCGGCUUUGUUUCAAAACAUCUUUAUUUACAUUUUCUUCAAAUGAAAUACGAUAUUUUCUUAUCUCCGUUUACAAAUAAUGGACCGUGCAAUCAUGGAUGGCAUGCUUAAACUAAAUCAUGCGUAUGUCAUAUGGUAGUAAUUUUUAAUUAUUGAAAUAUGAAUUAAUACUGUUUUUUUUUUAAUCUUACAUUUAAUACUUAAACGCAAAUUCAGUCUCGUAUAAGGUCAAACAUAUUUCUAUAUAGAUAUAUCUUCUCAACCUCAGUCAUUCAAUAACAAAUACAUAUAGUCCCGUAACCCUUUUAUUAUGCUCUUAUAGUUAUACAUACUAACCGUUCUCAAAUGUUUAUACAAAGUGAUAUUAACUAUGGUAAUGCAUCAUUGCAUUCACUUUGUAUAAACGUAUAUCUUUAAUACAAUGACAAAUUAUCAGAUUCUUCCUAGUUUGUCAUAUGCUUGAUUUGUAAUUGUUUUGUAAGAUGUUCAUAAAAUGAAAAUAAGUAUAAAAUAAUGCACUGAAUAUUGAUAGACCUGUGUACGUGUCUACUCGUUAAUUGUUAACAUGUUCUAUGUUUAUUAGGAAAAUUAGUAUGCAUCAUGAUAUUUCACUGUGUAUAUCUUUGAUAUUUAAUAAAUUAUCUA